AUGACGCGAACCGAGCCUACAAAUAGCACAACGUCGUGGGAGACUAAGUGCAUUGCCGCCAUUGACGAUGGCCACCGAAUUGACUCGGUCAGCCAAGAUCCUCGCCCCAGAGGGCGAAUCCGGCGCUCCAUGACAGCGUGCAAUACAUGCCGCAAGCUGAAGACUCGGUGUGAUCUGGAUCCCCGAGGACAUGCCUGUCGUCGCUGUCUUUCUCUCAGACUCGAUUGCGAAUUACCGGAAACCCAAGAUAGAUUCCAGGAUAAUGCGUCGACCUGGUCAGACGCUAAUGCAGCGAUCCCUUCUAUUGAGGAGCGGCUUGUUUCCCUGGAACGUGGAAUGGGUGAGAUGAUACAUUUGAUGCGUCAGAUGGCCAAUCAGUCAUCUACAGUCGGUGGCAGCCCUCACUCCCAUGCAACGCGUAGCGUGGAUGAAAUGACAUCGGGCGAUAGCUGGCCGGUGCCAUCGUUUACGUUAAAGCCGGUGCAGUUCAUCCGAGACCUGCAGAUUGAAUGCUUUAGAGACCAGCUCUCCACUGAAGCAGAUCUCCUCGGCGAUGUUGUGUCCCAAGGAAUUAUUGAUGCUAAGCUGUCCUUGAAACUGAUCGAAUUAUUUGUUGAGUACUUCAGUCCUUGGGUGUCAAUAGAUCUUUCAUCCAGUAUCCAGAGAACAGAUACGCUCCUUUUCAAUACUGCAUGUCUCCUGGCGUCUCGUUAUCUGCCAGGUAUGCUAGCGAAUACAAUCCACGAAAUUUCAAUGCAAGUACAGCACGGAGUCACCAAAACCCUCUGGAGACGGUCACCCUUGACAAAUGACCUUCUUCAAGCGCUGGCACUACUUUGUCUCUACCCUACUUCGGGUCAUAAAGAAGGCUUUAUGGAUGGCUGGUUGUUGAGCGGGAUCUCGAUCAACCAUGCCUUAUGCUCUUUCAAUUUUCUCAAUAACCUCCCCACCAAAAGUGUUUUGACCGAUGAAAUGCUCUCUCAAAUGCGUCUCUGGAAUACAUUCUGUCUCACUCAUUUGCAUUCCGCUCUCGGAUACGGUCGCUCUGUUAAUGUGCAGCAACAUCAUCUUGAUUACUGUACCCGUAUUCUAGAUCAUCCAAGAGCCACGCCCGAGGACGGAAGAAUCGUGGCAGAAAUCAAACUCUAUCGAAUUGCUUUGAAGAUCCAGCACAACCUCCAGCGCCUUCGAUUUGCUGAGGGCGAAUAUGAGGAGAUUGAACGGUGGAAAUUGGAAUGGGCUCAUCUGAUCACAAACGAAGGUCCAUCAACCCUCGAGCUCAGCAUCUGGUUUUGCCAGUUACUUCUUCACAGAACUGCCUCUCGACUCCAACCAGAGUCCGACAGACUCGUCGCUGAAAUAUGCAGCAACGCACGGUUGAUAAUUUCCCGCUCCCUCCAGACUCGCUUCUCUGCCGCGCCAGGAUUGAUCGAUAACGUGUAUUACAUUCUUGGCUACGCCGCUCUCACUCUAUGUGAUUACAAUCCAUCGGAUCCUCAGAUCGACCAGGUGCGGGCCUUCCUGCUCCAUCUUGCUCCAAGCAGCGACCACCUCGCAUACAGGAUUGCGUGCAUUGUUGGAGAGGUCCAGCGUAGAUAUUCUGAAGCAGCCACCGCUGAGCAAGCUUCCCCGAGCGCUGAUGUGCUGAAGGGCUCUUUAUUUGUGGUGCCACAAUCUCGAUCAGAGAACCUAGACCUGACCCAACUCAUGCCUGCAUCUGGCAUGGAGCCUCUUGUUGAGGGUUAUGGAUGCUUUGAACAACUCAUCCCAGCUGGCUACGUGCCAACGCAACCAGCAUUCUCGGCACCUGCUAUGUUUCAACAUCAUCCCGCGCCGGUCACUGGCGGUGCAAUGCCUGUAAGCCUGGUGCCGCGGGCCUUGCAUGAUCUAUGA